CGGCCUCGGCCAGGGAAUUUCAAUUUCGAGUCAGACUGAGGGAGACGGGCGCGCGGGGACGAGCUGGAGGAAGGCAGUGCAUCCAGUGAUUAUGACGACUGAAGUUGGUUCAGACACUGAAGUAAAAGAAUCAGAGAAGCUGAGGACAAACACAGGAAGCGAAAAUGCUGGGGAUGCACCCGAGAGUCAAAAAGAACAGAAACCUGAAAUAGAAGAGGGUUCUCCUCUUCCAACUGCAGCUACCCAAAGGAGCCCUAGUAGCUCAGGAGGAAAGGGUAUUUCUCGUUUUAUCCCCCCCUGGCUUAAGAAACAAAAAUCGUACACCUUAUCAGAACCCAAAGAUGAAACUCAGAAAAGAGAGCUGCCAGUAUCAGAAGAAGAGACAGUAGUGGAGGAAGGAGAAUGUCAUCUUUCAGAAGAAACAGCUCGAUCUAAAGGAAAAUUAGAGGACAUUUCUGAGAAUCUUCAAGAAGCUGAAGUGGUUGGCAGAGAAGAAAAGCGUUAUGUUGAGUCACAGCCUGCUGAAGAAGACAAAGAAAUAGUUUCUGAAGCUACAGAAAACAAGCAAGAUACAGAAGAUGGGAAAAGAGAGACGAAAGAAGUUCAGACAAAUGAAGUCAAAGUAGAAAGAGUGCUUCAAAAAACUCCUAAGAAGAUCAGGAUAGUCCAGGCUAAAGUUGUGCUUUUGGAUGGCAUAGAAUACAGUUGUGACUUUGAGAAAAAAGCAAAAGGACAGGUGCUGUUUGACAAAGUGUGUGAGCAUCUUAACCUACUGGAAAGGGACUACUUUGGCUUGGUAUUUCAAGACCACACAGAUCAGAAGAAUUGGCUUGAUUCUUCAAAGGAAAUCAAGAAGCAAAUUCACAAUUUGCCAUGGCUAUUCACCUUUAAUGUGAAGUUUUAUCCACCUGAUCCUUCACAGUUAACAGAAGAUAUCACCAGGUACUUCCUUUGUUUGCAGCUUCGUCAAGAUAUUGCUUCUGGACGUCUACCAUGCUCUUUUGUGACCCAUGCUCUGCUUGGUUCAUAUACUUUACAAGCUGAACUAGGUGACUAUGAUCCAGAGGAGCAUGAUAGUGGUUACAUACGGGAAUUCCAGUUUGCGCCUAACCAGACAAAGGAGUUGGAGGAGAAAGUAGUAGAAUUACACAAGACACACAGAGGUUUGACUCCAGCACAGGCAGAUUCCCAAUUCAUAGAAAAUGCCAAGCGGCUAUCCAUGUAUGGAGUGGAUUUACAUCAUGCUAAGGAUUCUGAAGGUGUGGACAUCAUGCUGGGGGUUUGUGCCAAUGGGCUACUCAUUUACAAAGACAGACUCCGAAUAAAUCGUUUUGCCUGGCCCAAAAUUUUGAAGAUUUCUUACAAACGCAGUAAUUUCUAUAUUAAAAUCAGACCGACUGAACUGGAGCAGUUUGAGAGUACUAUUGGCUUUAAGCUGCCAAAUCAUAGGGCUGCGAAAAGAUUAUGGAAGGUUUGUGUGGAGCAUCAUACUUUUUAUAGACUUGUAUCACCAGAACAGCCUCCAAAAGCCAAAUUUCUGACGCUGGGCUCCAAGUUCCGUUACAGUGGACGCACCCAAGCACAGACCCGGCAGGCUAGCAAUCUCAUAGACAGACCUGCCCCAUACUUUGAACGGACCUCAAGCAAACGAAUUUCCAGGAGUCUUGAUGGUGCUCCAGUAGGUAUUGUAGACCAGAGCCUGCUAAAGGACUUUCCUGUUGUUGCUGGUGAGAGGACCCUUGAAGCAGCUGGACAGUACAAGUUAAAAGAUGAGGAAGGCAGAGAUCUGGAUGGAGACAUUGCUAAAAUGCCCCAAUUAGAAGAUGGAAAGAUUUAUUCCUUGAGAGUAAAUGGGGAAAAUAUUUAUGUCAGACAUAGCAAUUUAAUGUUGGAGGAGCUGGAUAAGACUCAGGAUGAAUUACUGAAGCAUCAGGCUAGCAUUAGUGAACUCAAGCGCAAUUUUAUGGAAUCCACUCCUGAGCCACGCCCCAAUGAAUGGGAAAAACGGCGUAUCACACCUCUAACUCUACAGGCACAAGGGAAAUUUACUUUCCAAACAGAAGAGUCUUCCAUUGGAACCAGCAGGACUAUUAAGAGUUCACAUGAGACUCUGGACAUAGUGGAGAAGAAGCAGGCAGAGGUUGGGAUAGCAGAGACAGUAGUCACAGACGAUACCAACAGGGGGAAAAUACCAUUUGGUGGUGGGGAAAGUCAGAAGAUGGAACAUCUAUCAAAGAAAGACUCUUCAUCACUGUCAUCCAAUAGCAGCAGUAGUGAGAGUGAAGAUGAAGUAGGAGAGUAUCAGCCACACCAGCAGAUUAUGCAAGAUACUAUAAAAGAAGAGUUGGAAGAAAAUGAAACUAUCAAAGAGGAAAAACACAACUCAUCAGCAGAAGUGUAUGUUAAAUUUUCAGAAGAAGUCAGUCCAAUUCAAACAGCAAUUGAGCAUAAGGAGUUGACUGAAACUCUGAUCCAGACAAAUGAAGCUUCCACAAAGACACCAGAAAAGAGGAAGUUAAGACAAUUGGAUGACGAAGGCCUAAAAGAAGAAAAGGAGGAAGAUCAACCCAAACUAAAUGGAGAAGCAUCGCAUAUUGACCUUGAAAUUUCGCCACAAUUAAUUUGUUGCUCAGAGCCUCCACUUAUUAAAACUGAGAUGGUGACGAUUUCAGAGGCCUCACAAAGAACUGAAAUAUCCACCAAAGAAGUUCCAAUUGUUCAGACAGAGACUAAAACGAUCACCUAUGAAUCUCCUCAGUUUGAUGACGCUGGUGAUGCUGGUAUGCUGUUGAGUGCACAGACGAUCACAUCGGAAUCUGUCUCUGCUACCACAACCACACAUAUUACUAAGACGGUAAAAGGUGGUGUGUCAGAAACCAGAAUUGAAAAGCGGAUUGUUAUCACUGGAGAUGCAGAUCUUGAUCAUGAUCAGGCACUGGCACAAGCCAUUAAGGAAGCCAAAGAGCAGCACCCUGACAUGUCUGUAACAAGAGUAGUGGUGCAUAAGGAAAGUGAACUUGAAGAAGAAGACCUUUAAGAUUUAUGAAGAAUGCUUUGAGACUAUGAAGAACUUAAAUCAUUCCAAGUUGGUAUCCCCACCAUUCUUUCACUGAAUUCACCAAGCCUCACCACAGGGACCAAACAUCUCUAGACUGAAUUGCCAACACCAAAUCUUACCUUUUCUCAUGUAUGUCUUGUUUUUAUAACCAAUUCUUAACAUUCUUGGAUUUUUUAAUGAGGUUUAGAGGUUGUUGUGUUUUUUUUUGCACAAUUCCCUGCUAUUUUUGUAUAACUGAUUUCUUGAUUGCAUGAAAGUAAACAAAAAUAUUUAGAAAACACUGUUUACUUGAAAGUUUUAAUAUGCAGGGAAAAGAUACCCUGCCUAAUUUAGGUAUAGCCUUUUCAAAAUGUCUCAAAGACUCUUACUGGAAUAAUUUUACUUUUUCAGGUAAAUAUCAAACAAUACAAGAAAAAUAUUCUUUUUAUUAAAAAAUACAAUUUUUUCUUAGAGCUUGGCAGGGAUAGUAAAUUGAAAACUUUUAUGGAUUUUAUAUAGAUUCCUAUAUAAACAUUUUCUGUUUGUUCUGAGGGUCUCCUGCUUUUUUGAGGGAACUGGUGCUGGUAUCAUAUAAAAAUGAGUUAGUUAUAAAAAUAUUUCUACUGACUGAGCACUGUUCAAGUAGCCUUUUUGCACUUCGCUAUCCUCAACCAGUUUCUUCAAAGAGAUCUGUGGUCUGCAACAUUCCAGAGUUGGAAGGAAUUUGCUCUCUUCCCUUCCAGCAAAUUUAGGCAGCUUAAAACUUUAAUGCUUUUCUCUUACUAUGCUAAAUGUCAAACACUUUCAUUAAAUAAUUGCAUCUGCUGAAAGCUUGCAUUACAUAAGAAACAGGACUGUGCAGUGCUUGGGAUUCAAAUGCAGAAAGAGCUUCAGAGCACACAGUGGGAGCGAGCACAUGCAGCAUCUCUCUGCAAUUCCUUAAACAAAACUCAUUUUUUCCAUGGGAUUGUCUCUGCAAUCCCAGGAAUAGACAUGUUUCACUUUAGCAGUUGCAGUCAGGUACUACGGAAGGUCUCUUGGGCUCUUUGAAGUGCCUUUUUGCCUUUGAAUGUUAAGUGCUGCGCAACCCUAAUAAAAACUCAUUAACUCAUGUUAUAACUGACACAUCUGUUGAGCAGUUAUUGUUUUUAAGUAGUUUGCCUAAUAAUAGGAACAGGUUUUGAGGACUAUAAGGAACCAAGGGUAUGGCCUAGGCCCAUUAUCAAUGGUGCUUGCUACUGAGGAGGUCUCUAUGAAAACCUGUUAACUAUAUCUAUUUUUCUCUAUUGUUCACCGUAUGUACUGUAUAGUUAAGAUGCCAUAUUAAAUUUAUAGCAGCUUGAAGUUGUAUUAAGUGAUAUUUUGCUUCCAUAAUACUGUUAUAAAAUAAAGUUUCUUUAUUCUCUAAA